CUCCAACCAUCUCUUAUCUAUCUCUGUGAUUCUUAAACUUACACACUACACAGCCAAGUAGUACAUAUUAACACUAAUAAUCACCAGCAAUAAACUUCUGUUUUUUAUUGGGUUUUAAGCUUUUGAAAAAUUAUCGUAAUUUAGAGAUGCAAGUGUUAGCAUUCAAUCCUUGGCCUCUCCAAUCUCAUGCAAUCAGUGUUUUAAGCCGCCUCUUGGGUCGGCGCCAGCUCUGCUUCGACGGCAUAUCCUCCUCCGUUUGCUCCCACUCUCAGCCUCACCACAAUGAUUCCUCCAACGCCGACGUUCCUUCCCAACCCAUUUCCAUUCAAAGGAGUGUUAGGGGUCACUCAAAGAAUUUGGACAGAGUAAUGUGCAACAGUAUUCCAGUCACAACUCGGCGGAUUCUGUUUGCAAGUUUAUUCAUGUACUCCUGUUAUCAUCCUUCUUCAAGGUACUUAUCAGCACAGGCUGCAGGGGAUCCAUCUGUGACAGUUGAAGAAGUCACUCCUCCAGUAUUUCCUUCUGCCCCACUCUUCCCUGUUGAGGAAAGAAUUGUCCAACUCUUUGAGAGGAACACAUACUCUGUUGUCAAUAUUUUUGAUGUGACAUUGCGUCCUCAACUUAAUGUAACUGGUGUGGUUGAGGUUCCUGAAGGAAAUGGUUCUGGUGUAGUUUGGGACAGACAAGGGCACAUUGUAACAAAUUAUCAUGUAAUUGGUAAUGCCCUUUCCAAAAAUCCAAGCCCCGGGCAGGUUGUUGCACGAGUUAAUAUUCUAGCAUCGCAAGGGGUCCAAAAGAAUUUUGAGGGUAAAUUAAUUGGUGCUGAUCGUGCGAAGGAUCUUGCUGUCUUGAAGAUAGAAGCCUCUGAAGAUCUGUUGAGGCCAAUUAACGUGGGGCAGUCAUCUUCUCUAAGAGUUGGGCAGCAGUGUUUAGCAAUUGGGAAUCCAUUUGGUUUUGAUCAUACCCUUACUGUUGGAGUUAUUAGUGGACUGGAUCGAGACAUUUUUAGUCAAACUGGAGUCACAAUUGGCGGAGGAGUUCAAACAGAUGCAGCCAUUAAUCCCGGGAACAGUGGGGGUCCUCUACUGGAUUCCAGAGGAAAUUUGAUUGGAAUUAAUACUGCAAUAUUCACUCAGACAGGGACAUCAGCAGGUGUAGGUUUUGCCAUCCCUUCCUCCACUGUACUCAAGAUUGUACCUCAGUUGAUCCAAUUUGGCAAAGUUGUCCGAGCUGGUUUGAAUGUGGAGAUUGCUCCAGACCUAGUUGCAAAUCAACUUAACAUUCGGAAUGGAGCCCUCGUUCUUCUGGUUCCUGGAAGCAGUCUUGCAGCAAAGGCUGGGCUAUUACCAACCACAAGAGGUUUUGCUGGUAAUAUAGUACUUGGGGAUAUCAUUGUUGCAGUUGACAACAAAUCUGUUAAAAGCAAAGCGGAGCUGUACAAAGUGUGGGAUGACUAUAAUGUGGGAGAUAAAGUAGUCUUGAAGAUUCUGAGAGGCAAUGAAAAUGUGGAGUUGCCUAUAGUAUUAGAGGAAAAGAGUUCGUGACAGGGAGAUUGAUAUUGAUAUUGAUAUUACAAGAUAUUAUGAUUUCAUUUUCUUUUCUGUAUAUUAGGAAAAGAAUUGUGCUAUAUAUAUAUUAAAUGAGGAACUGCUGUACACAUUGUCAUUUUGGUUGUGAAGUUGGUUGAUUCGGAAUUUCUAAAAAAAUUCCAAUUAUUGAACAA